AUGGUGACGACGACGACGGCCGAGAAGAAGCGCCAUGUGCGCGCGCUGGCCGCGGCCGGCAGCUGGUCGACGAUCGAGGCAACGUAUGGACGCAAGAUGGUCCAGCGGGCGAUGGAGUAUGCUGUCAAGAAGCGACCGACCAAGUCUCCCAUGGCAAAGCAUGGACCGAGUCCCCAAAGAACUCGUCCCGCGACGAUCCCGACGCGAGAGAUGCUCAUUCAGCAAGAGAUGGAAGCGUGUGCGGCGCUCUUUGGGGACUUUGAAGAAGACGACGUACAAGCGCUCCCCAACUUUCAGCUGCUCCCGAUGGCAGUGGCCCCCGUGGUGAUUCCCCCAACGCCACCACCGACGACCAAAGCCAAGCAGAAGCAACGCUCCAUGGUGGCGUUCUUUGCCACCGAACUCGCCCCAGCACGAGCAACACCUUUUUCGCGCCGGUCGUAUGAGCUUUCAGCGCCUCUCGCGUCGCAACCCAUGGCGCCGGCGACGAUCGCACAGCAAGGUCCGGGUCCAGCGCCAAAUCAUGAUAUUCUGCGCGACAUCAAAGCUCGCUGGCUCGAGGCCAAACUCAACGCAAAGCUCUUCGACGACAUUGCCUGCGUCGUGGCAUACCGGUAG